AUGCCACAAUACCAUACCACCAUACCAUACCACCAUACCAUACCACCAUACCAUACCACCAUACCAUACCACCAUCCCAUACCACCAUACCAUACCACCAUCCCAUCAUCAUCCCACCAUCCCAUCAUCAUCCCACCAUCCCAUCAUCAUCCCACCAUCCCAUCAUCAUCCCACCCAUCUCCCCAUCAUCAUCCCACCCAUCUCCCCAUCAUCAUCCCACCCAUCUCCCCAUCAUCAUCCCACCCAUCUCCCCAUCAUCAUCCCACCCAUCUCCCCAUCAUCAUCCCACCCAUCUCCCCAUCAUCAUCCCACCCAUCUCCCCAUCAUCAUCCCACCCAUCUCCCCAUCAUCAUCCCACCCAUCUCCCCAUCAUCAUCCCACCCAUCUCCCCAUCAUCAUCCCACCCAUCUCCCCAUCAUCAUCCCACCCAUCUCCCCAUCAUCAUCCCACCCAUCCCACCACAGUCUAUCAUCCCAUCAUCAUCCCACCAUUUCCCAUCAUCUCACAUCGCUGAUCCGAGUAGCUCUGAGCGCUCUUAGCCCGCAUCCACCUCCCUCUGCUGCCCGCAUUUCCACCCUCCCCGCACCCUGCCUGCCGUCUGUACCCUCGCCCACUCUCCCUCGCCCUCAACGCCCCACUCACACCCCCAUCCCUAGCACCCGUCCCAACAGCCCUUUCUGCACUGCUGCCGACCGUCCUUGGUGCAUCUCCGCAGCAGACCCUCUUUCCCUCCCAUGCCUUGGCAUUGGCAGGACCUACACUGUGCCCGGCAUCCUGCUCCCUCGAACCCCCUUUCUUCUCCCUCACCAUUCGCUCCUGAGUCACCUCUGGGGUCACGCCCAACUUAAAACUCCCCUCCACUGUAGGCUGUGUUCCCUGACUCUCUCCCUGUCGCCUCCCCUUCACCUCACGUCCCUCAACGCUCCUCUGAGAGCAGUGGUGGGAGGCGAAAGGGGCCUUCCAUGGAGGUACGAACUCGUGGCAUCUCACGGCGCUUGUCUGCUUGUCACCAUCCCCUCCCUCCCCCUUCCCUUUCCCACUUUGCUCCUCCAGCGUCUUACCCUCUUGCCCCCUCUGCCCCAGACUCCCCUGCUCCUCUCUCCCCUUACUCCUUUGAUCCUCCCCUUUCCCCCUUUCCUCCCUCUUCCCUUGCCCCAAGCCUUCGUCCCUUCUCUGCCCACAGUCUCCCUGCAGCAGCAGCAGGUGGCGCUGCAGCAACACAAGGCUGGCAGGUUAGGGCAACGAAUGAACGUGAGGAAAGGGAAUACGGGACGGAAUGUUAUAGGAAAUGAGAGAGGAGAAAGUGGGGAGAUGAAAGCACUUCAGUCCUUCUCAGCCCUCGUCCCUCAUCUCCCCACUGCCUCCCUGCAGCAACAGCAGGUGGCACUGCAGCAACACGAGGCUGGCAGGAGAGGGGUGCAAAAAUUGUGA